AUGUCCGCCCUUAUCAGGGACGCCCCCGUUGGGCAGAUUAUCAGAUGGGUCACCAAGAAAAAAGCCCUACAGUACCCCGAAGAAAUGGCCGACUUUCUGCUGCCGUCAACAUACGCAAGAUUCAGUGACGGCGCUCAACCCCUCCCCGUAUCAGCACCAGAGGCUCUGCCCACCGAAGAAGUGGUUCUAGUAGAGCCCGGAACUGCUCUCAAGCUGGAGCCUAAGGCGACAAGAGAAUCAGACGACGACGAGGAUGACGACACAAUCGACUUAGAAAAGAGGAAGACUGCAGGCACGAUGACAACAAAUCGCACUGGCCUAUCGCGACUCGGGACAAGGACGGCCCUUUCAACGUCUCAUACUCAAGCCGAUCUUGAGCAGCAAUUCUCAAUCGCGACUUUGGAGAGGGGACCCAUUCUUCCAAUCGCGCCAGAAAGGCUAGAUGACGGCACGAUUCUCGUAGACUGGUACACCACGGAUGAUGAGGAGAACCCACAGAACUGGUCCUUUGGCAAAAAAGCUUUUGUCUCAUUGCAGAUAUAUCUCUACACUCUCGCAUUCUACAUGGGCUCCGCAAUCUACGCUCCUAGCGAAUUGGGAGUUAUGGAGCGCUUCGGAGUUUCCCAGCAACAGGCCGCCCUGGGUCUGUCUAUGUAUGUCCUGGCAUACGGUAUUGGCCCCCUCGUCUUCUCGCCUAUGAGCGAGAUUCCCAUCAUCGGCCGAAAUCCACCAUAUAUGAUAACUUUCGCAAUAUUCGUUAUAUUGUGUAUCCCCACGGCAGUCGUCGACAACUUUGCAGGCCUCAUCAUUCUUCGCUUCCUCCAAGGGUUCUUUGGCAGCCCUUCUCUGGCUACCGGCGGCGCUACACUACAGGACAUGUACUCGCUCAUCAAGCUACCAUACGCCCUCUCGCUAUGGGCUCUCGCUGCGACUUCUGGACCAGCUCUUGGUCCCAUAAUCAGCGGUUUCAGUGUUUCAGCGGAGAACUGGCGAUGGUCCCUCUGGGAGAUGGUCUGGCUCGCUGGUCCGAUUUGGAUUCUUCUCUUCUUCGCUCUCCCAGAGACAUCUCCUUCCAACAUUCUCCUCCGCCGAGCUUCACGCCUGCGGACGCUAACAGGCAACCCGAACCUCAAGAGCCAGAGCGAGAUUGAUCAAGCAAACCUAUCCUCUCGCGACAUUGUCGUCGAGGCCCUGUGGCGACCUAUGCAGCUCAUGCUGUUUGACCCGGCCAUUGCCUUCACGGCCGUUUAUACAGCUUUGAUCUAUGGCAUCUAUUAUAGCUUCUUCGAAGCGUUCCCUCUUGUCUAUAACGGCAUGUAUGGCUUCAAUCUUGGCCAGCAGGGACUCACUUUCCUGUCCAUCACCGUUGGAGUUAUAAUCGCCAUUGCAGCUUACUGGAGCUACAUAUACUACAUCGUUGAGCCUGAUAUCCGCACCUACGGCCUAGGAGCUCCGGAACGUCGCCUCAUCCCAGCGCUCUUCGUAACGUUUCUGCUGCCGAUCGGCUUAUUCAUAUUUGGCUGGACCAGCGACCCCAACAUCCAUUGGAUCGUGUCCGUUAUUGGUAUUAGCAUCUUCACUAUCGGUAUCUUCCUCAUCAUCCAGUGCAUCUUCUUGUACUUGCCCAUCACGUACCCGCAAUACGCAGCCAGCUUGUUUGCAGGCAACGAUUUCAUCCGGAGCACUCUCGCAGCUGGUGCUAUUCAUUUCUCUAGCCCGCUCUACAGGAAUCUGGGCGUGGGACCCGGUGUGAGCUUAGUGGCUGGGCUGACCUGUGGGUGUGUCGUAGGAGUGUAUGUGCUCUACUUCUAUGGUGCCCAGUUGAGGGCAAGGAGUCGAUUCUCCGCCAAAUAAGUAUUCAUUGCGAGAGUUUACGAAGACCAAGAGAUCUGUCUGAGGGAUAAAUGAACCUUUUAAGGAUCUUAGCGGGUGGGAUAUCAGCAUUGGAACUGCGUUUAGCGAGGCGUUUGAGGGUUUUUGGGUUAUGGAUUUACAUAGUAUUAAUAUGCAACAUGCUUCCUAAC